GUCAAAGCUCGCUUGCUUUUAUUUUACUUUCACAUUUUUUAACGUUCGAGUUAACUAUAUCCGCGGUACCUGGAGUGUGUUAAAUAGUUAAUUUAAACGGCAUUGUAUUUAACAAUAGAGGGUUUGACGAUCGGUUGUGUUAACUGAAGUAUUAUCCCAUAAAGGUCAGCCGGGAGUUCCGACGCACUGACCACUGCGGCGGCCGACCGCGCGCACGUUAUCAAACCUACACGCUACACCUCUACACAAAAAUCUCGAACGGGAAUACCGGAUACUGACGCAGUGCUAAGAAAAUACAACCGUCUCACUCUAACACGUGGAUAGGCUGAUACAGUUUUGUCUUCCAUCCUUGUCUGCAACCGCGAAGCGAUAUCUCGCUAUGCUUAUAGUUAGAAAUAUGUAACUGAAUAGUUUUCUGAGUUUACUUUUGUGUGUAGUUUUGCCAAGUUGAUGUCGUUCGAAAUUAGAAUCGCUGCAUGUUGUGUGUUACUGAUGUGUCAAGUGUAUUGAAAUUCGUUUUUACGUGUAGCUGUGUUCAGCUGUUUUUUUUAUAAUUGUGCAAGUGUAAAAUGCUCGGUGGCGCGAUGGCGCGGAAACACAUAUUUUAGAUUCCAAUAAUGAACGAAAGUUAGUGAUUUAACUACGGAUUAUGUGCUGUGUUUAUAAAUAACAGUGAUUUUUUGUGAUUUUAAUUUUUGUGAAAAUGUUUCGAGGCAGAUUUUCUCCAUUUAACGUGUCAGUAUGGCUACUAUCAGUGUACCUGCUCCUGCACAUACCGCUCAUAGAGAUGCGGGUGGACGACUUCGAGCAACAGGCGCUUGCGCAGGCCAGAGAGCAACCACCAGCCUCAACAGAGAAACCAGAGCCAGUAGACCAGCUGCAACUGAACCUGGGCAAGUGUUUCCACAUGCCUCGCUCCAAGUGUCCAGCGGAGCCCAACUGCACCAAGAUCGGGAGUAACUCCGUGUUCUGCUGCGACCUGGACAGCGCCAAGCUGAAGGAGGCUCUGGCUUCUGUUAUAACGCAGAACACGACGUAUCUCCACGUCCUGAACGCGUCCAUUGAUGAGUUGGAUGUCUCCCAAGCCAUGUUCAGAAGACUGGCUUCCAUGGCGUUCACCGACGGGAACAUAGGGAAGAUUGUCGGCCAGUUCCCGAAGUACUCUUCAGUGGCAUGCCUGAACAUCUCGAACAACAACCUCACGACUGCAAAGCUUCAGCCAGCGAUCAAGAGGCCGUAUGCCUAUCUCUUCAACCUGAGCGUGCUGGAUGCCUCAGCUAACAACCUGACUGAGUUCCCUCUCAGCCUCGUGCGUAGCAACCGAAAGAUCUCCGUGGAUUUAUCAGACAACAAAUACCUCCCCUGCAAACCCUUCAUGAAAGCCAUGGACACGAACAACUCCUCGCUGGUGACAUUCCUCAACUACCCGCACACGUACUGCGCGCUGGACAUCGAUUUCAACUGGUUUCAAGACGUCAAAAUAGUCCAGAUAGACCAGCUUAGGAUACAGAAAGAGGUACUGAACGCAAGCUGCCGCAACAUAAAGCCAGCGAAUAUCAACUGCACCUGCAUCCCUGAGAGGCUGGACUUCAUCAACAAUGUCAUCAAUAACAUGGUGGCUGUGGACUGCUCCCAGAGGAACCUGACCGCGUUACCCACUGAUCUGCCCCCUAAUACUGUGAAGUUGAAUGUGUCUUUUAAUAAUAUAACUUCCCUCCAAGCCGUAUCAGACGACCCUACAUACGAGCAGCUGCACCAGCUGAUAGUGGACCACAACGACAUCCCCAACAUCCUGGAGCUGGAGGGCACGCAGUUCAUCGACCACUUCAUGCUCUUCUCCAUCGCUUAUAAUAAGUUGAAGAAUAUCCACACAUACAUAAUAUCGAACCACUUCACGGAGCACACGGGCUCCGCGCUGUUCAUCGCCGGCAACUACAUACACUGCGACUGUAACACUGAGAAGAUGUUGAAGCCCUGGCUUCUCGAGAACAUCAAAAACAUCCCCGACUACAAAAUGCUGGAGUGCGACAACCACGUGGCAGUAGUCGACAUAGUCGAAGCUCACGUCUGCCACACUCCUCGAGAUUGGACUGACUACAUAUACUAUAUCAUAGGCCUAGAAGUCCUCAUCCUAGUCCUACUCAUCAGUAAGGUGUCUUAUGACUACUGGGUGUUCAAGACUGCUGGCUACUUGCCGUGGCCUGCGAAUAAAAUGCCUAGAUUGCCUUGUGAUUGGUUAUGCGAGUAGAAGACUUCUAAAUUGGACUUUUAGUGCCAGUUUCACCGGUCACUGAUAAAGUCUCUGAUAACCUAUCAGAAACUUAUCUGACAGAAAAACUUUAGCUUUUGGUUCCACAGGUCUCGGAUACCUAACUGAUACUUUAUUAGUUACCAGUGAAACCAAGCCGGAUUUGUGGUAACUAGUGCCUUCAAUGUGCUGAAUAUUUUGUUUUGCAAAGACUUUUGUGUUGGUUGACAGUCCUUUGACUUCUGUGUAGUGCUUGCUUGUGUGGCGAAGGAAGUUACACUGAGGCGUAAGUUCAGUCCUUAAUCAAGUGUAGACCGAUGGUUCAGUGAAAAAUUGUAAAAAAAUAUAGUAGGGAUUGUUUCCUUUGUUGGGAUAAGAGCAGGAGGAUGAUGAUGUUUUCAGCUUGCUCUGUUAUUAAAGGUACCUGCCAGUCGGCGGCCCUGGUACGCAAAGGGAUCAAGAAAGAACACGGUGGGUUUCAGUUAGCAAGAGUCUGACACUCCCUCACGCUACACCCACUGCGGGAGGGGUCAUUUGAUGUAAACCCACCAAAAAAUGAUACAGUAUGGUUAAUCAUGAUGAAGGUCAUAGACUAAACUGACGCGUGCAACCUCUAAAUAUUUUGUGUUGUAAUGUUUCGUUGUUAAAUAAGUGUGUAUAUGUUGGGUAAGUUUUGGUUGCUACUGUAAAAAUAUUGUUUAAAUUAGGACUAAGCAGCCAUAAUUACAAUUUGUAAAUGGUGAACCAAUCACUUUCAGAACCUGUAAAUAAAAUGAAUUCGCUGGAGUGCUUAUAAUCAUAAUCUUGUUAAGUUUAGCUCUUCCACUUUUUCCUUAUUUCUAAGUUAGUUUUUUGUAUAAAUUGAUUGCGAUCUCUGUAAAUCAGCUGUAUGUAUAAUUUUAUACAUAAGUUCUAUUUUUAUGUAAAUUUUGUUUUUUACUUUACUUGCCAUUUUGUAAAGAAUCUCUUUUCAAACUUCUCGAAAAAUUUUCUGGACUCUCAAAAUAAUGGGUAAAAAUAAUCUCUCGGUCUCAAAAUAAUGUUUUCAUCUCUUUUGCCAUUUUUUUCAAAGACUGAAAUUACUUUGAAUUUUUAACUUGCCAAAGUCCUAAUUGAUUGAUACUCAACCAUUAUUUUGAUUGACUCAUAACUGUACAUAUUUCAUCUACUAAUUAUGUUAAAUGCUUUUGAAUUUUAUAAAAAAAACAUCUAGGUAAUAUGCAAAAGUAAAAUCGAUAAAUGGGUUUCAAAUACAUUAAUGUAAUUUUUAAGUUUGUUAAAUUUUUGUUGCGAUUGAGAGCACAUUUUAUAUUUAUGUUAAAAUUUUCUAGAUAUCCACCGUCUCUAUGCUACUACAAAAACUUAAACAUCUGUUGAACACUUGUCUAAAAAAAUUGUCACUGCAAAACGAACCUUAUUUCAACGUCAUAAUCUGCCAUUUUUUUAGACAAGUGUUCAACAGACUUUGAAAGUGUUUGUGGUACGACGGUUAGCGUCCAAAUCAGGCUGGGUCUUAGGUCUUAAUCUUGCUUGCAUUUAAGUAAUUACAUAUUAAACUUUACUACUAGUAAUUGAUAAUUUUAAAUAAUGUUAAAAUGUGUUUCAUAUCGCUACGUUUAACAACCGGCCAGUUGAGAGGCUUAAUAAAUUAAAGUGUAAGGACCAAUUACUGCUAAAUAUGUUUAAAAUACUAUUUUGUGGAGGCUUCUUGGAAACGAGUUUGUAUUAUUUUGGAAAUCAGUGCCAUAUUCUAUUGUUAUAGAUUGGCUAGAAAUUAUGCUUUUUAAUUUCUAUUUUUUUGUGACAUUUGUUUCAAAGUUUUGACUCGAAAUGGUUCAAAGCUUUGAUAAUUAUCAUCUAAACUUUUAUGUUAUUUUUGCGUAUGACGUUAUGAAUGGGAAUUUAUUGUAUGGUAGAAAAAAGGGGCGAAAUAAUGAUUAGUUUUGUGAUUUUAUUACGAAGUCUUAAGUAUUGAAUUUACUUAUUUUCUUUGCAAACAAAUGUCACAAGAAAGUAAUCUCUUGUCUUAAAAAUUACUGUCAUAGAUAUUGUUAAAUAAAUAUAUUUUUGUAAAAUAUUAACUACAACGUGAAGACUGUAUAUUUUGUAUGAAAAUUUUAUAAUAGAUGUUACAUAUUGUA